UACCUGGGGGACGCCUCUCAGUCCGCGAGCACCCCUCGGCUCUGCCUAGCCCGAAUCCACCCGCGACCCGGCAGCCUCCUCACUAGAGUCUCACGGCCAAGUCUAGCGGCCGCAAGUUGGAGGUGGGCUGGAGAAGGGAAGGCAGCCAGACGCACGGGCGCUGGAGCCGGGAGCUCGCCGGGCCUCCGGAGUGCAGACGCCCGGCACGCCUCCCGCUUAAUCUGGGCAGGGCCGGUAGCCACUCCCUCCACCCUGUGCAGCCGCCUCCCCACCGCACAUCCCCCCGAAUUCCUCACCUCCGACCCACAUCGCCUACCCCACCUGGGCCCCAAGACCUUUGAGCAUCACUUUCUGAACCCUUAUCCUGGAUGGGCGCCCACCUGCCCUGCAGUCGCUUAGCCCUUUCUCGCUUCCUGGGCACUAUGCCCAGUAGAAGGGACAGUGCCUGGUGAGUUGGGAGGGAGAGGGACGAGGGCGGGACCUGAGCUACUUCUUCCCUCCCUUGGAGCCACCACCAAAGCCUGGAUGGGGAGGGACGGACCGCGCGGCUGAGCUCUACAAAACCCGUGCCGGAGGGCUGGCCAAGCGAGCUUCACACCAGGGGCUUCCCAGCCAGCACCGUGCAGCGGACGCGGUCGCCUGAGAGCCUGUGGGCCCCUGGACACGCUGGAACUCCGAGCCGGCGCCCACCAUGCGCCCCGGGUCCUUACGGAGGCCGACGGCACUCCUGCUUCGACUCCUGCUGGUGCUCCUGGCGGCCGCGCCCGCGGCGAGCAAGGGCUGUGUCUGUAAAGACAAAGGCCAGUGCUUCUGCGACCGGGCCAAAGGGGAGAAGGGGGAGAAAGGCUUUCCUGGACCCCCUGGUUCUCCUGGCCAGAAAGGAUUCCCAGGUCCUGAAGGUUUGCCUGGACCACAGGGACCCAAGGGUUGUCCAGGACGUCCAGGACUCACUGGUCCCAAAGGUGUAAGGGGAAUAACUGGAUUACCAGGAUUUUCAGGCCCUCCUGGACUUCCAGGCCUCCCGGGCCAUCCUGGGCCUUUUGGACCUACUGGUUUACCAGGAUGCAAUGGCUCUAAGGGGGAACGAGGAUUUCCAGGAUUUCCAGGGACACCAGGCUACCCAGGGGUCCCGGGUGCUGCUGGCCCCAAAGGACAAAAGGGUGCUCCUGCUAAAGGAGAAGACAGAAAACUCAAUGGAAGAGGUGACCCCGGGCUGCCAGGACCUCCAGGAUCCCAGGGUUUGCCAGGCCCCCCAGGUUUUCCAGGACCUAUGGGCCCACCUGGCCCUCCAGGAUUCCUUGGCUUUCCAGGAGCUACAGGACCUGUAGGGCCUAAGGGUCACAUGGGUGAUAACGUGAUAGGACAAAAAGGAGAAAAGGGUGUGAAAGGAUUAACAGGCCCCCCUGGCCCACCAGGAACAGUUAUUGUGACACUAACUGGCCCAGACAACAGAACGGACCUCAAGGGGGAGAAGGGAGACAAGGGAGCCAUGGGAGAAUCUGGACCUCCUGGACCCCCGGGACCACCUGGAGAAUCAUAUGGAUCUGCAAAAGGUGCUCCUGGAGAACCUGGCCCACAGGGAAAACCUGGAAAAGGUGGUACCCCUGGCUUCCCUGGCACUGAGGGAGCCAAAGGCAACAGGGGCUUCCCUGGGUUAAUGGGUGAAGAUGGCAUUAAGGGAUGGAAAGGGGACAUCGGCCCCCCAGGAUUUCGCGGUCCAACAGAAUAUUAUGAUGCAUACCAGGAAAAGGGAGAUGAAGGAAUCCCAGGCCCUCCAGGACCCAAAGGAGCACAUGGCCCACAGGGUCCCAGUGGUCCCCCUGGAGUUCCUGGAAGUCCUGGAUCAUCAAGUCCUGGCCUCAGAGGAGCCCCCGGGUGGCCUGGCUUGAAAGGAAUCAAAGGGGAGCGAGGACCUCCAGGAAAGAACACUGUGGGCCUGCCUGGGUCCCCUGGCUGUCCUGGUUCACCAGGCCCUGCAGGGCCACCAGGACCUCCAGGACCUCCAGGUGAUACCAUUUUUCGCAAGGGUCCACCUGGCAAUCGUGGCCUGCCAGGCCAUCUAGGGCCUUCGGGAGUCCCAGGAGUCUAUGGGCCCAAAGGAGAACCAGGCCUCCUGUGCAUAGAGUGCCCCUGUAUUCCAGGGCCCCCUGGCCUCCCAGGAUUGCCAGGGUUGGAUGGUGUCAAAGGAAUCCCAGGAGGUCGAGGUGCUACUGGAGUGAAAGGAAGCCCCGGGUCCCCAGGAAGUGCUGGUCUUCCAGGAUUUCCAGGAUUCCCAGGUGCUGAGGGAGAUCCUGGACUUAAAGGAGGAAAAGGCGAAACAUUUCCACCCCAGGGGCCAGUGGGUGCCCCAGGGGAUCCCGGGCUCAGAGGGCAUCCAGGGAAAAAGGGCUUGGAUGGAAUUCCUGGAACUCCGGGAGCUAAAGGAUUACCAGGACCUAGAGGAGAACCGGCCUUGAGUGGUGAGAAGGGGGACCAGGGUCCUCCAGGGGAUACUGGGUCCCCUGGGUCCCCAGGAUCUGCAGGACCUGCUGGACCACCUGGCUAUGGACCCCCGGGAGAGCCAGGUCCAAAGGGCACCCAAGGAAUUCCUGGAGCCCCAGGACCACCUGGAGAAGCCGGUCCUAAGGGAGAAUCCACUGUUUCAACACCAGUCCCAGGCCUCCCAGGACCCCCAGGGCGCCCUGGCCAUGCUGGUCCCCCAGGUCCACCUGGUAUCCCAGGAUCCAUGGGGAAAUGUAAUCCUGGUCUUCCUGGACCUGAUGGUGAAUCAGGAAUUCCAGGAACUGGAUUUCCUGGACCUCCCGGACCUAAGGGAGAUCCAGGUUUUCCAGGAACAAAAGGAUCACCAGGUUGUCUUGGGAAAAUGGGAGAGCCCGGGUUACCUGGACAGCCAGGCUUCCCAGGAGCCAAGGGAGAACCAGCACUAGCCAGGCCUGGAGAACCAGGAAAACCAGGUUUUCCGGGAGAAAGAGGCAAUUCCGGGGGAAAUGGAGAAAUUGGACUCCCUGGACUUCCAGGUCUCCCUGGAAUUCCAGGAAAAGAAGGGCUUGAUGGACCACGAGGAGAUCCAGGGCAUCCUGGGCCACCUGGAGAUAAAGGACCUCCAGGCAGGUGCCUAGAGGGCCCCAGAGGAGCCCAAGGACUUCCAGGCUUAAAUGGAUUGCAAGGGCAACCAGGCAGAAGAGGUGUGACAGGGCCAAAAGGGGACCCAGGAAUUCCAGGCUUGGAUAGGUCAGGAUUCCCUGGAGAACCUGGACCACCAGGAAAGCCAGGUCAUCGAGGUGAGAUGGGACCACCUGGUCACAAAGGAUAUCCAGGAACUCCAGGAUUUUCAGGACCACCAGGUGGAAGGGGCAUGGUUGGGUUGAUGGGCCAUCCUGGAGCCACUGGCCCUCCUGGGCCUCCUGGGAACCCAGGCAUGCAGGGGCAGAAGGGUAGCCUUGGAAUUCCAGGAAUAAAGGGUGAGAGAGGACCCCCAGGAACCAGAGGGGAACAAGGAGAUAAAGGAAAUCCAGGUCCUUCUCAAAUAGCCCAUUUAAAGGGAGACAAAGGAGAACCCGGGCCCAGAGGGUUUGCAGGAUAUCCAGGUGAGAAAGGAAACAGAGGUAUUCCAGGGUUUCCAGGUUUAAAAGGCCAUGAAGGACCACCUGGACCACCAGGACCACCAGGCCCUCGGGGAGAUCCAGGAAGCCCUGGGAAUCCUGGAGACCCAGGACCACGUGGUGCCCCAGGAAGCAUGGGGAACAUGGGUGUGCCAGGUUCUAAAGGAAAAAGAGGAACUUUAGGACUUCCAGGUCUAGCUGGAAGACCAGGCUUCCCAGGUACUCAUGGUCAACAAGGAGAUAAGGGAGAACCAGGUUACUCAAAAGACACAAGGCCAGGACCACCAGGACCAAAGGGGGAUCCAGGAUUGCCAGGUGACGUGGGAAAGAAAGGAGAAAGAGGGGCCCCUGGCCCACCUGGACGAUCAGGGCCUGUUGGACCUGAGGGAGCCCCUGGAAGUCCAGGAGAUCCUGGCCACCCAGGAAAGCCAGGUCCUGAUGGUGAUUUGGGACUUAAAGGAAUCAAAGGUUUCCCAAGCCGACCAGGAAUAAAAGGCCCUCCAGGUCUUCCAGGAUUCCCAGGACCUCCUGGACCAAUGGGUGUAAGAGGUAACCAAGGACACGAUGGGAUUCCUGGUCCAGCUGGAGAAAAAGGAGAAACAGGCUUGCUGGGGGCCCAUCCAGGCCCAAGAGGGAACCCUGGUGCUCCAGGUGCCAAAGGAGACAGGGGAGCCCCUGGUUGGCCCGGCCUCCCUGGCAGGAAGGGAACAAUGGGAGAUGUUGGGCCUCGAGGACCCAUGGGCAUAACAGGACCCCCAGGGCCACCAGGUCGGCCUGGGACCAUCAUCCCUGGCCAAAAAGGAAAUCGAGGUCCACCAGGUUCAAGAGGAUAUCCAGGUGAUCCAGGUCCCCCCGGACCUCCAGGGAGUCAUGUAAAAUGCAUAAAAGGUGACAAAGGAUUUAUGGGCCAGCCUGGCCCAAAGGGUCUACCUGGAUCUAUAGGUGAUAUAGGGCCACCAAGUCAUCCGGGAGCACCAGGUACCCCAGGUCUUCCAGGGCUCAGAGGUGAUCCUGGGUUCCGUGGAUUUCCAGGCAUAAAAGGAGAAAAGGGUGAUCCAGGAUUUCAGGGAUCAAUUGGACCUCCAGGGCCAAUUGGGCCGAAAGGACCACCCGGUGUCCGUGGAGAUCCUGGCACACUUAAGAUCAUCUCCCUUCCAGGAAGCCCAGGGCCACCAGGCCCACCUGGACCACCAGGGAUGCAAGGAGAACCUGGGCCAGUGGGAUCACCAGGAAACCCAGGACCCUGUGGACCAAGAGGCAAACCUGGAAAGGAUGGAAAACCAGGAAUUCCUGGACCAGCUGGAGAAAAAGGCCACAAAGGCCACAAAGGAGAGCAAGGACCGCCUGGAUCAGAUGGGUUACCGGGUUUGAAGGGAAAACCUGGAGACAUUGGCUUGCUUGCAACAGAGACAAGAAGGAGGGGCUUUGUCUUCACCCGUCACAGUCAAGCAACAGUGAUCCCUGCAUGUCCAGAAGGGACAGAGCCACUCUACAGUGGGUUUUCUCUUCUCUUUGUACAAGGAAAUGAGCAAGCCCAUGGACAAGACCUUGGGACUCUUGGGAGCUGCCUACAGCGAUUUACCACCAUGCCAUUCUUAUUCUGUAAUGUCGAUGAAGUAUGUAAUUUUGCAUCUCGGAAUGAUUAUUCAUACUGGCUGUCAACACCAGCUCUGAUGCCAAUGGACAUGGCUCCAAUUACUGGAAGAGCCCUGGAGACUUUUAUUAGCAGAUGCACCGUCUGUGAAGGUCCUGCGAUGACCAUAGCUGUUCACAGCCAAACCACCACCAUACCCCCAUGUCCCCAUGGCUGGGUUUCCCUCUGGAAAGGAUUUUCUUUUAUCAUGUUCACAAGCGCAGGUUCUGAGGGCGCUGGGCAAGCGCUGGCAUCCCCUGGCUCCUGCUUGGAGGAAUUCCGAGCCAGUCCAUUUAUAGAAUGUCAUGGAAGAGGAACGUGCAACUACUAUUCAAAUUCCUACAGUUUCUGGUUGGCUUCGUUAAACCCAGAAAGAAUGUUCAGAAAACCUAUGCCAUCAACUGUGAAAGCUGGAGAGUUAGAAAAAAUAAUAAGCCGCUGUCAGGUGUGCAUGAAGAAAGGACACUGAAGAAGUAAAAGAAAUGGAACUGCUGGGUUUUUUUUCUCCCACAUAACAAAGUAAUGACUUGGAACAGAAAUUUAUUUAGGAUUUUUCUCUCACCAAACAAUAUCAGUUUAUGAAGACUAAGUAGUACAGUUUCUAUUUGUUUCUCCACACAACAAAGUUAGUUCUGUGAUCCUGGUCUCUAAAAUUGUAUUGUUUCAAAGUUUCCUCUGGUAAGGCAACAACCUGUCACAAAUUAUCAAUGAAAUGGCAUUCCAUCCCAGACCGCUAUCUAAGUGGUGGGUGUAUAGAGCUGGAAUGCUCAAGAAAAGAGAUAUUUGUUCUCUCCUCUUCCAGUCUUUGAGGCUGAGGGAGGCUAAUGCAGUCUUAGAUUGCCCUGCCACCUCCUUCCUGAAACAAGAGGAGAAGGAGAGAGGGUCACGUGGAACAAUGGAGCAUCAUGAACAGAACUGGACUUUCCGACCUGUGGAGCAGCCUAUGGCCUGAGGGAACACAGGCUUAAACUGAUGAAGUUCAUGACUUUUCCAGGACCCUUUCAAAUAUACCCCAAACUAAGGCCAAAGAGGAUUUCCCUGAAUGGAAUCAUAACAGCCUUGGUCUUAUUUUAUAUUUCUUUGAAGAUUUGUUUAUUCAUUGAAUUCAUCUGUCAAUAUAGGCUGCCUGUAUUCAAAGUAGAUAAGAUGUUCACACUUAGUGAAUUAACUUUAAUAGGACACAGCUACAUUUACCCUCAAAUGUGUCAACUUUUAACUUCUCUUGUUUAGUGUACCCACAAAAAUAAUGAGGAUACUACUUAUUAGAUGUGCACUUUAUCCCCAUCCCUAUAAAUGCUGGCACAUAUAUAAUUGGGUUUGAUAGUUCAAUAGUUCAUGAAAGGUUAUGGCAUUUGUUGGUUUAUCAUGCUCAAUAUUUUUGCUCUAAAUAUUCCAUUAUUUGUUUUUUUAGAUUUAUUCCUUUACUUUUCUAAUCCUUUCUUUAUAAACAACAAAAAAGUUUUUUUAUGUUAUACAUUCUUACAAACCAUAUUGAGAGAGACCAUUGUGUAAAAACCUUAAUGUAUAAAUUGUAUAAUUUGGUAGCUGUAUGUCUUAAGACUUGUUUUGGUGUGUUGAUACAUUCCCAGGCUUCCUCAGUUCAACUAAAAGGCAUUGUAAUCAGCACCAAGCUAUGUUCCAGGCACUAAACUAAAUUAGAGAAAGAGAAGAGGAAAAGAGGGAGAGAAAAAAGGGGGGAGGGACUGUUUCUGAUCUAUAUCUCAGAAAAUGGUAAAUUAUUGCUUCUCUUAAGAAUCUUACACGGGGACUGGGGAUGUAGCUCAGAGGUCAAGUGUAUGCUCAGCAUUCAAACCCAGCACCAAACCAACCAACCAAACAAAAAUCUCAUAUACAUGAGUUGUUCUCCCACCUUUUAUUCUUCUUUUAUUGUUGCUUUUAAAUUUCAUUAUUAUAACUCAGAAGGCCUGAGUAAAGUUUUGAAGAUAAGAUCCCUGCCCAGGGAAAGCCUAGGACCUCCAGCUUCUUUUAGACCCCAUAGAAGCUAAGGUCUGAACAACACAAAAAAAGCACUGCUCUACAAAACAUUUAAAAAAUCAUUUGUAUGUGCUGAUAGCAUAGUUCGAUAAGUCUUAGGAACCAGGCAUCAUGAGAUAGUUUUGAAGAUGUUUCUUGAUUCACUAAGGUGGAAUCAGUGGUGCUAAAAUUUAAAUUCAGGCUAUUGCUCCAGACUCAACUGCCUUGUAAGGGAAAAUGUGACUCUGGAGUACUGAUACAGUUUACAUCCUUCAUUUUUCAUAUGCUUGCUGUCAAGCCAUUUUUACCCCCAAACUGAGACAUGCAGGAUGUCAUUCAGAGUAUGUACUUAGAUUCACUUACUAUUAAGACUUAACCUGCCCUAAAAAUAUCUUACAGUUUCAACUGUACAUAGUGGUGAAAAGGGCUCACUGAUCUACAUAGGCCAGUAGUUCUCAACGUGUGGCCCCUGGAUGGGCAAUGUCAGCACUGUCUGGGAACUUGUUACAAAUGCAAAUCCUAGGUCCAUUCUAGACUUGGGAAAUCAGAAAUUGUGUGGGUAUAGGCCAGAAAUCUGUGUCUUCACAUGCCUUCCAUAUGAUUCUGAUGUACUCUAAAGACUGAGAAAAGCUGCUCUAGGCAAACACUCAAGGCACUGGCUAUAUAGUUGCCUCUUUUAAAAGUCCAAAUUCACAGAUGACCCAAAAGCAAUCUACUUUUGCUCCUAAAACCUCCUGACUGGUGCUAAUGGCAAAUGCUUGGCACUCACUCAAUUGCAAGCUCUAUCUCCUCUUGCCCUCUUAACAGUAUUUGACUUCUGAGGAAGACAAGUGAUGCUAAAACCUUAAAUUCCAAGGAAGCUGCAUAAACAGCUGUUGUUCAGUCAUAAUUCUAAGAGUGAGCAUUAAAAUCCAGCUCAUGAAUUAUUUUCCAAAUAUUUAGAUGUGGCUUAAAAAGUUAUGAAGAUUUAACUUUGUAGAUAAAAUGUAAGUAACUUAUUUCUUUUAAAUUUGGGGCUUCAACUUUGGAAUUUCACAGUGUGCUAAAACAACCGAUUUCUCAGAGUUCUUUGUUUCUACAAGAUAAACAUUAUUAAUUUAUUUAUAAAAGUAUUAAAAUGUCUAAAUUCGAGUUUUAUUGCUAACUUACAAAGAUUUUUCUAUGUAUCAAAUGUAACUGCUACUAAACUUAAUUUAAUAUUUACUCUAUAACCAAAUGGAAUAUAUUUAAAAUAUAUUGAAUAUUUUAUAUUGUUAUAUCCUGACAAAAUUACAGUAUAUUGUAAUGUACUAAUAUUUCUGUAAUUAUAGCUAAAAUAUUAUUUUAUUGUAUUGUUAGAAUAAAACUGAAAAAAUUGUA